CUUCUCUCGAGGGCGCCUUCGCUGUGUGUGCUGCUGAAAUGAUGAGCAGCAGGGAUGAGGGCUGAAAAACGUAUGCAGUCGCAGCGUUUCAGGAGUUGAAACGGCGACUCGUGUGGGAGUGAUGCGCUAAAGCAGCACAGAGCGAGGCUUCGCAGAUCCGCAAGCAGGCGCGCGCGGCGUCGGUGUUGUCGAGCCCAUAGCUCCAGUAAGACACUAGCAAUCAACGAAGCGCUCCCGCCAGCCAUGCCUGCGGCCGACGAGCCGUUCGGCAGCGAGCAACGAAAUGCCCACGGCCGGCUCGCUCGCGCGCCGCACCAGCUUGCUGCCCCGGCAAGUUCGUAAACGUUGGUGCGACGGGCAGCCCACGGACGGCUUCAUCCGCCGUCGCGCGCCGCCGAGAGUACGCCCGCAGCCCCCAGACCGCCGGGAGCGAGCUGCGCCGCGCCCGGAGCCGUGGGUGUGGCGCAAACGACGGUCAACCGCAAGCAACAAACAUGCGGCUCAAGGCGCACGCGCUGCCGCCGCCGCCGCGGCGCCGCCGCGCUGCCGUCGCCGCCGCCGCCGCGGCGCCGCCGACGCCCCAAAAUAAAGAACCGGAGCCGCGGCCGUCGCUCGUGAUGCGCCCGACGCCGGGCCUCCGGAAGCACGAUGUGGUGGUUGAGGACCGCACGCGCCACACGACCUACACGCGCGACCUGGGCAACGGCCUGACAUUAGGCGGGAGCUGGGCGGCCAAAGAAGCUCGAUUGUUGGAGCUCGAGCAGGCGAAUGCUAACCUACAAGUGCGGUGCGCGCACGCCGAAGCUCGGGCCGAGGCGCCGUCGGCGCAGAACGAGCGCCUGAGGAUGCGGAGCCAGCUCCGCGCGGCCCAGGAGAAUUCUAGAAUGGCGACCGAGGACGCCCUCGCGGCGCACUUUAUGAAAAAUGUGUCGAGACACGAGGCGCGCAUCGCCAACGCGUGCAGCGACCAGUGCACGCGGCGCCUCGCCGAGACGGCGGCGCGGUUGGCGCCUGUGCGAAAAUUUUGACGUUCGUGCUGAAUCGUCGCGUCGACCUCCACGCCAUCUUCAUGAUAUCUGCUCGAUGGCGUGGCGCUGUCGGUUCCUCACCGCUGGACGGAGUCGUCUCGACACACUGAUUGAUUUCCACACAGGCUGACGCACUCCGAACACGAGGUCGUCGACUUGCUCAAGGCGAAGACGGCCCUCGAGACGAAGUGCGGCCGCCUCGAGAAGCUCUGGGAGACGGAGCGGAAGGGAAGGGACGUGCUCGACCACGCGCGGGCCCAGAAGGAGAAGCACGUCUGUGUGCUGUUGAAGGAGCGGGAUCGUCUAGAAAGGGAGGUCAAGGCCCUGCGGCGGAAGUCCGAGACGCCCACACCGCGCAAGACCGCCGCGCCGGUGACGCCUACCGAUUUACCGUCGCCGGUCAAGAUGGCCGCGCUGUCGCCACCGCGGCCGCUGCGCGUGGCGACGCCGUCGCCCCAGAAGGACGCGCUGGAGCUGUUGGAGGGCGAAGGCACGCCCGCGAAACAACAAACGCCGCGGCCGGCGCGGGCCCUCGACCUCCAGGCCGCGGCGCUCCGCAAGUACCGGACCCGCGACGUCGAGCGCAAGAAGGAGCUCGCGAAGCUCCAGGCCCAGCUCAAGCGCGCCGAGGCGAAGAACAAGGAGCUCCAGGUGCGCUACGGGAACCGCCCGGCGGCGAGGCGGCCGCGGACGGCCGUGUACUAGGUUCCCCCGACUAAGACGUUUCUGCCU